GGGUUGGGAUUGGCACUGGAGGAGAGGGAAGGGAGUCUGGGAGGAAACAUGGGAGUCACCUCUGAGCACUUUGUGUCUUGUAGCAUCUUGUGGAGAAUCCCAGAGUUAAAAACCUCCUGGAAGUGUGUCCUGGUUAAAAAAAAAAAAAGGGAAGAACCACUUGUUAGGCCUUGGGAACAUCUUUAUUGAGGGUUGUUGGGCUCCCAGGAGCUUCAAACUUCUCAUUUCCCAGAUGGUAAAUUGGGAAUAAACCACCCUGGGAAAACUGCAGCCAGGAGGGAGGAGAGAAAACAGAUAAAACAGGAGAUAAAAAUAACCCCCAAACCCCAUAAAAUACGGGAUUAUGUGUAGGAAUGUCGUGCAGAUUGUUCCCAAGGGCAGGAGAGAAACAUCCAGGACUGGAAUUUUGGUGGAAACCUGGCAAAGGGAAGGUGGCAGCUCCUUGUCCUGGUGUUUGGAGCAGCUCCUGGGGUAAUUAGUAACACUCCCAAUUAAUUGGGGAGCUCACACGAGUUUCUCCCGGCUUUGAGAGCGUUGCCCUUGGAGAGGAGGCUCAGCCCGACGAGCUGAUGAACGAGGACAUCCGUAUCCACAGCUGGCCUUGCUCCUACUACCUGGACACUGGGAAGCAAUGGAUCUCUGGGAAACUCUCCCUGACUCCCGUCGGGAUCAAAUUCACAGCUGACAAAACCGGGGAGCUCUUGGUCGACUUCCACCUUUCCGGGAUCAGCGAGAUCAAGAAGGAAUCUUCCAACCUCAUCUUCAGCUCCCUCACCAUCCUGGAGAAGAACACCAAGCACUGGUUCAGCUCCCUGCAGCCCAACAGGAAUGUGGUGUUCAACAUCCUGGAGCACUUCUGGAGGGAGCAGCUGCUGGAGAGCCGAGGGGCGGGAGCGGAAGGAGCGGCCGCACGGCCCGGGAAGGGCAAGGAACUGACGGGAAUGUUGGCGGGGUCCCAGAAACGCCUGGAGGACACGGCCAAGGUGCUGCACUACCAGGGGGAGCAGUUUGACAACAUCAUGAAAGGGCUCAACAAGAUCGAGGGGGACAUGGAUGUGGCCGACAGGUUGUUGACAGAGCUGGAAUCUCCUUCCUGGUGGCCCUUCAGCAGCAAACUCUGGAAAACACCUCUGGAAUCCAAGCCCAAGGAAGCGGCCGCAGCUUCCGAGCCCAAGAACCAGGAAGGAAUCAUCCUGAGAAUUCCAGUCAUUAUCACCCACAGAACAGACUCCAGUGCCAAGCCAGGAAAACUCACCCUCUUUGCUUCUGGCCUGGAGAUCAGUGACUGCAAUUCCCAGGUGAUCCACAGGUUUGAAUCCCGGGAUGUGGAUGAUAUCCGGGUGCACACGCCCUACGAGAUCAGCGUCCGCCAGAGGUUUAUUGGGAAGCCCGACACGUCCUACAGGCUCCUGUCAGCCAAGAUGCCAGAGCUCAUUCCCCUCCUGGAGAUGCAGUUCAGCAAGAAGAUGCAGUUCCUGGAGGAUGCCUUGGGAUUUGUGGGAGCCAGGAAGUCUCCUCAGGUGGAUCUGGGGACGUCCAUCUGGCAGGCGGCCACAGGACUCCUGGGAGGGGUGGUGCAGCCUGGAUCUCCAGCAGGAAGCAGGGAAGGGAUGGACAAUGAGCAGGUUCAGCUGCAGCAGCACGAGAAGGUCUCCCAGGAAGAGGCAAAAGAGCUGAGACAGAUCCUGAAGAAGCUGAAGGGCCUCGCCCUGGAGACGGAAGCAGAGCUGGAAAGGCAGGAUGAGGCCCUGGAUUCCAUCAGCAGCUCCGUGGACAGGGCCACGCUGACCAUCGACAAGCAGAACCGCAGGAUGAAGAGGCUCACGUAGCCCUGGGAAUGGGAAUGGGAAUGGGAAGAAGAGGAGGAGCAGGGAGCUGGAUUCAUCCACACUGUUCCUGCAGGGACACUUUGGUUGCCUGGGAGGUGUUUGGGAACACCUUGGAAUUCUGUGCUGCUGGUGUGGACUUCCUGAAGGCUGGGAGUUCCUGAAGGUUUGGUUUUCCUGAGGGCUUGGAGUUUCUGAGGGUUUGGGAUUCCUGAGGGCUUGGAAUUCCUGAGGGUUUAGGAAGUAUUUCCAGGUGUUUUAGGAUGAAAAAGGGGAAAACUUUUAACCCUGGGAGUGAAUCCUUCCCUACAGAACCCGUGUAAAUAGGAAGGGAUGUGACCGACCCUGACUCGACUUGGAUGUUGCUUUUUUAUGUUGCUGCUUCUGAGGGUUUUUUUUUUUUUGAGGGGGGGGGGUAUUUGUAGCCCUGGAGCCCUGGGAAUGGGAAUGGGAAUGGGAAGAAGAGGAGGAGCAGGGAGCUGGAUUCAUCCACACUGUUCCUCCACGGACACUUAUUGCCUGGGAGGUGUUUGGGAACACCUUGGAAUUCUGUGCUGCUGCUGUGGACUUCCUGAAGGUUUGGUUUUCCUGAGAGCUUGGUUUUCCUGAGGGCUUGGAAUUCCUGAGGGUUUGGAGUUCCUGAGGGUUUGGGAAAUGUUUCCAGGUGUUUUAGGAUGAAAAAGGGGAAAACUUUUAACCCUGGGAGUGAAUCCUUCCCUACAGAACCCGUGUAAAUAGGAAGGGAUGUGACCGACCCUGACCCGACUUGGAUGUUGCUUUUUUAUGUUGCUGCUUCUGAGGGGAUUUUUGGGGGGUAUUUGUAACCCUGGGAAUGGGAAUGGGAAUGGGAAUGGGAAUGGGAAGAAGAGGAGGAGCAGGGAGCUGGAUUCAUCCACACUGUUCCUGCAGGGACACUUUGAUUGCCUGGGAAGUGUUUGGGAACACCUUGGAAUUCUGUGCUGCUGGUGUGGACUUCCCGAAGGUUUGGUUUUCCUGACAGUUUGGUUUUCCUGAGGGCUUGGAAUUCCUGAGGGUUUAGGAAGUGUUUCCAGGUGUUUUAGGAUGAAAAAGGGGAAAACUUUUAACCCUGGGAGUGAAUCCUUCCCUACAGAACCCGUGUAAAUAGGAAGGGAUGUGACUGACCCUGACCUGACUUGGAUGUUGCUUUUUUAUGUUGCUGCUUCUGAGGGGUUUUUUUUUUGGGGGGUAUUUGUAGCCCUGGAGCCCUGGGAAUGGGAAGGGGAAUGGGAAGAAGAGGAGGAGCAGGGAGCUGGAUUCAUCCACACUGUUCCUGCAGGGACACUUUGGUUGCCUGGGAGGUGUUUGGGAACACCUUGGAAUUCUGUGCUGCUGGUGUGGACUUCCUGAGGGCUUGGUUUUCCUGAGGGCUUGGAAUUCCUGAGGGUUUGGGAAAUGUUUCCAGGUGUUUUAGGAUGAAAAAUGGGAAAACAUUUAACCCUGGGAGAGGCUCCUUCCCUACAGAACCCGUGUAAAUAGGAAGGGAUGUGACUGACCCAACCUGGAUGUUGCUUUUUUAUGUUGCUGCUUCUGAGGGGUUUUUUUGGGGGGGGGUAUUUGUAGCCCUGGAGCCCUGGGAAUGGGAAUGGGAAUGGGAAGAAGAGGAGGAGCAGGGAGCUGGAUUCAUCCACACUGUUCCUGCAGGGACACUUUGGUUGCCUGGGAGGUGUUUGGGAACACCUUGGAAUUCUGUGCUGCUGCUGUGGACUUCCUGAAGGUUUGGUUAUCCUGAGGGUUUGGUUUUCCUGAUGGUUUGGUUUUCCUGAGGGCUUGGAAUUCCUGAGGGUUUAGGAAGUAUUUCCAGGCGUUUUAGGAUGAAAAA